UAGCAGGAAAACUACCAAAGUUGUUGUGAUGUAAACAUUCAAUCAAGUGUCCUAGUCAUCUUGUGAUGUAGACACUUGCUAAAACAGCUGGCUGUAUACAUUAAAACUAGCUGUCUGGCAAACAAGAACUCCCAACGGACGGCACUUCCAAUCCCUGCCAAGAUCUCAGAUUUUAGUUGCUUGCUUUCAUCAUGAAUUAGGUCAUGGGGCUGCCCAAUCAGGUUUUAUCAUCCUGCUCGCCUAUAGGCUGUCAGGCAGUCCUCACAGCUUGUGGACCAAUUUACCUGCUAAGUGCUAACUAACAAGACAUCGACACUGCAAAGGCAGGAACUAUACCCUCCAAAUCUCCACAUAACAGGCAGAGAGGCAUAGACAGACAGCUAGUUGAGUACCUGGUAUGCAUAGCAUGAAGGAAACAACCACUGCUGGAGCUGCUGAUGGAGGAGAGGAGAAUGGCACGAAGAAGUUGGACAAGGGUGGUAAGGCGCCGUUGCAUGAACUGUUCAAAAACGCAGACGUCACAGAUGUGGUGCUGAUGCUGGUCGGCACAGUUGCGGCGGUCGCAAGCGGCAUGUCGCAGGUGGUCAUGGCGAUCAUCUUUGGGCGGAUGGUCGACGCCUUUGGGGGCGCCACCCCCAGCACCAUCCUUCCCCGAGUCAACAAGGUGGUUCUAGAGUUUGUCUACUUAGGUGUUGGAACAUGGCCUGCUUGUUUUCUCCAGAUAUCAUGUUGGGCGGUGACCGGGGAAAGGCAGGCAGCUCGCACUCGAUCUUUGUAUCUCAAGUCGGUUCUGAGACAAGACAUGGCAUUCUUUGACACGGAAUUAAAAGGUGGACAUGUAAUCUCUGGUAUAUCUGCUGACACAACUCUAAUUCAGGAUGCUAUUGGUGAGAAGGCUGGGAAGUUUUUACAGCUUCUUGCCACUUUCCUUGGUGGGCUUGUGGUGGCGUUCAUCAAAGGCUGGCUCCUAACCCUUGUAAUGCUUUCUACUAUACCACCGUUAAUCGUUGCUGCUGGAAUCGUCUCGAAGAUGCUGUCCAAACUAUCUAGCGAAGGCCUAGCAUCAUACAGCGAUGCAGGGGAUAUUGUAGAAGAGACAAUUGGAUCCAUCAGAACGGUGGUUUCAUUCAAUGGCGAAAAGAAAGCCAUGGCCCUAUACAAAAAUCUCAUAAAGAAGGCAUACAAGGGUACUGUCAAGGAAGGGACUAUCCAAGGCUUUGGCAUGGGUUUCCUUUCCUUCAUGAAUUUCUCCAGUUUUGGAUUAAUUGUAUGGUAUGGCACUAAGUUAACCCUCAGCAAAGGAUACAGUGGAGCAGAUAUCAUGAAUAUAUUAUUCUGCAUCAUGUUAGGAGCAAGAUCAUUGGGUGAUGCAACCCCCUGCAUUGCUGCCUUUGAGGAAGGACGAGUUGCAGCUUACAGAUUGUUUAGAACAAUCAGCAGGAAACCAGAGAUUGAUUAUGAUGACACUACUGGUGUUGUGUUAGAAGACAUCAAGGGUGAUGUAGAGCUCAGGGAUGUGUUUUUCAGUUACCCAAGCAGGCCAGAGCAACUAAUAUUUGCUGGAUUUUCAAUGCAUGUAUCCAGUGGCACAACCAUGGCCAUAGUUGGUGAGAGUGGGAGUGGCAAAUCAACUGUGAUCAAUCUGGUUGAGAGAUUUUAUGAUCCACGGGCUGGCGAAGUGUUGAUUGAUGGAAUGAACAUCAAGAAUUUUAAACUAGACUGGAUGAGAGAGAAGAUUGGCCUUGUUAACCAGGAACCAAUGCUAUUCAUGACAUCUAUCAAGGAGAACAUAACCUACGGAAAAGAGGAUGCAACACUUGAAGAAAUCAAGAGAGCAGCUGAGCUUGCCAACGCGGCAAGAUUCAUUGAGAAUUUGCCUAAUGGUUAUGAGACAGCAGUUGGACAACACGGUGCUCAGCUCUCAGGGGGGCAGAAGCAAAGGAUUGCAGUCGCAAGAGCCAUCCUAAAAAAUCCGAAAAUCCUUUUGCUCGAUGAAGCUACUAGUGCUUUGGAUUCAGAGUCCGAGAGAGUACUCCAAGAAACGCUAAACAAGAUCAUGGUUGGGAGGACCACGGUUAUCGUGGCGCACCGUUUGAGCACUGUUAGGAAUGCUCACUGCAUCUCAGUUGUUUCUGCAGGGAAGAUAGUCGAACAAGGGCAUCAUGACAAAUUGGUAAAGGAUCCUAGUGGGGUAUACACUCAGCUUAUUCGGCUACAAGAGGCACACCAAGAAACUGUGUACCAGUUAGAUGCUGGAUUAUCAGGUCCAUUGACUAAAAGAAGUCAAUCACUCAAACAAUCAAUUAGUAGAAGUUCAGCUGAUAGUGCACUUCAUGCUUCAAACCUCCCUGUCACCUUGCCUGGGCCCAUUGGAUUACUUGAACAUGAUGGUGCAGAUGAUGAGAAACAUAGCAAGACCACUGAUGGCAAUGUAUCCAAGAAGGCCCCAAUGGUCCGCCUAAUUAGCCUAAACAAACCAGAAAUGGCAGUUCUACUAUUUGGUUCUCUUGCGGCAGCAAUUGAUGGAGCUGUCUACCCAAUGAUUGGUGUGGUCAUGGCUAGUGCUGCAAAUACAUUUUAUGAAGUACCAGCAGACAAACGACAGAAAGAUUCUACUUACUGGGGAUUGCUGUGUGUUGGGGUGGGUGCAAUCGGUUUGAUAUCAAAGCUAGCAAAUAGCCUUCUAUUUGCGAUAGCUGGUGGGAAACUUAUAGAACGCAUUCGUGCUUUGACAUUUCAAAGUAUAGUGUAUCAAGAGGCUGCUUGGUUUGAUCAUCCUGCAAAUUCUAGUGGAGCACUAGGUGGAAGGCUUUGCAUUGACGCCUUUAAUGUGAGACGUCUUGUAGGCGGUAACUUGUCCGUAAUGGUCCAAUGUACUGCAACCCUUCUUUGUGGAAUAACAAUAGCGAUGAGUGCAGACUGGAAGCUUACACUGGUCAUCUUAAUUGUGAUUCCUUUAAUGGGUCUCCAGGGUUAUGCUCAAGUGAAGUUCUUACAGGGAUUUAGUCAAGAUGCUAAGAUCAUGUAUGAAGAAGCAAGUCAAGUUGCAAUUGACGCAGUUGGUAACAUCAGAACAGUGUCGUCUUUUUGCGCUGAGAAGAGAGUGAUGACAAAAUACAUUAAGAAAUGUGAAGCUUCUAAGAAUCAGGGAAUUCGAACGGGAAUAGUUGGUGGCCUUGGUUUUGGUUUCUCAUAUAUGAUGUUAUAUGUCACCUCUGCUCUUUGCUACUAUGUUGGUGCUAAGUUUAUUAGUCAAGGCAAUUCCAAUUUUGGCAAUGUCUUCAAGGCUUACUUUGCUUUAGUAUUGGCCAUGAUGGGAGCAUCACAAACUAGUGCUAUGGCUUCUGAUUCGACGAAGGCAAAUGAUUCUGCAACUUCAAUAUUCGCAAUCUUAGAUAGAAAGUCUCAAAUCGAUUCCAGCAGUGUAGAAGGUUCGACCAUGGAGCUUGUCAGGGGUGACAUUGAUUUCAUGCAUAUCAGCUUCAAAUACCCAUCCCGUCCAGAUGUUCAAAUAUUCAGUGACUUUACCUUGAACAUAACUUCUGGACAGACUGUUGCACUGGUUGGUCAAAGUGGCAGCGGCAAAUCUACAGUAAUUGCUUUACUAGAGCGUUUCUAUGAUCCUGAUUCUGGUGUAAUCUUAUUGGAUGGAGCGGAAAUAAGGAACCUAAAACUCAGUUGGUUGAGGGACCAGAUGGGAUUGGUAAGCCAAGAACCGGUACUUUUCAAUGACACCAUACGAGCCAACAUAGCAUACGGAAAGCAUGAAGAGGUAACUGAGGAAGAAGUUGUCCAAGCUGCUAAAGCAGCCAAUGCCCAUGAAUUCAUAUCAAGCAUGCCACAGGGUUACAACACGACAGUUGGAGGGAGAGGAACCCAACUGUCAGGUGGGCAAAAACAGCGCAUAGCUAUUGCAAGGGCUAUUCUCAAAGAACCAAGGGUACUGCUUCUAGAUGAGGCAACGAGUGCACUAGACGCCGACUCAGAGCGCAUCGUUCAAGAUGCAUUGGAUCGCAUUAUGGUUGGCAGGACAACUGUCAUUGUGGCACACCGCCUCUCGACGAUCCAAGGAGCUGAUGUAAUCGCAGUUCUGAAGGACGGCACGAUAGUGGAGAAAGGAAGGCAUGAGACACUGAUGGGAAUCACUGGUGGAGCAUAUGCUUCUCUCGCAGAACUUCGCCCCAAUGCAACAUAAUACAAAGAUUUCAGGCAUUGGAAUCAAUUCAAGAUACUACAAUUUAUGCUUAGCCUAGGCAAUCAAGACACAUGUUUACCACUUUAGCAGUGGAAAUGCAGGCACCUUAACGAAUGUAUAAGAAAGGUUCCCUCGGCGAUGAUAGCUUGCAGCCAAAAUAGGGAGCAAUGCAUUUCCAAGGUCUACCAUUCUUUGUAAGUGUAGCAUACAAUGUAUCCAAUGUUGAGCUGGCAUAUAUUAUAAUUCUCUAAAUC